AUGGGUCGUCGUCCGAAUAAGUGCUACCGGUACUGCAAGAACAAGCCGUACCCGAAGUCGCGCUUUUGCCGAGGUGUGCCGGACCCGAAGAUCCGUAUCUUCGAUACCGGUUCCAAGAAGGUCGACGCCCAUGUCUACCCUUGCGCUGUGCACAUGGUAUCAGUUUUUUAUUUUUGUUUUUCUCGCAACUGGUUGAGGCUUAUCUAGUCCCUUAUUGAAUGAAGUCCUUGUUACAAGAUCUUCCUGUAAGACGGAUGUAUUUCGAAAUUUACAAAGACCAGUGCUGACCAGCGUGUGUUUGAAGGAUGACAACCUUAUUCGGACUAGAGUUUUCGAGCUCUAGGGCUGUGAUAUCAGAACAAUGAGUCUGACCUCACUCGCAAGAGCACCAUUCCAUUGACUCGAUCUUAGCAUAUCUAAAUAGGACGUGAUAGUCUAGGACUAGGCCGUUGUGCACUAGAAGACUUUUGUGCUGUACGCUAGUUUUAGAUGUUAGUCCGUUGUAGAUGUUAGUCCAGGAGACGCCGCAGUAGGUAGCGGCUAAAGCAUAGUGCUCUCUCCAGGGAUGACACCCUUAUUCGGGCUAGAGUUUUCGGUUCGAUUGUUGAACAAUAUAGUGUGUAACUUCAGAUAGUGUGUAAAUCCGGAAGAUGUUUCUGGAAUUCUUUCUUGUAACUUGAAGUUAAAAGCAUGUUCUCACUUCUAGGUCUCCGACGAGAAGCAGCAAUUGAGUAUGGAAGCUUUGGAGGCUGCUCGUGUCGCAGUGAACAAGUACAUGGUGGUGAACUGCGGUAAGGACACCUUUCACAUCCGUGUCCGCCCUCAUCCGUUCCACGUGCUUCGUGUGAACAAGAUGCUUUCGUGUGCCGGUGCGGAUCGUCUGCAGACCGGUAUUUUUAGACUUGUUGCUCUCUUCGGACUGAUUAGCGGGUUUUUCAUCCUACAAUUUGCAAACCGUACCUCUUGCUUCAUGAACUUUCUCUCUCUCCUCAAACUUUCUCCUCCAUCGCCAUUUAUCCAAGUAGCCUCUCCUCUCUCACAAUGCCCUCUUUCACACAUCCCCCUCUUUCACAUCGUCAGGUAUGCGUGGCGCGUUCGGUAAGACGUACGGCAAGGCUGCUCGCGUGGACAUUGGGCAGAUUUUGAUUUCGGUGCGCUGCAAGGACGACAAGUGCCACCACGCCAUCGAGGGUCUGCGUCGUGCCAAGUUCAAAUUCCCGGGUCGCCAGAAGAUCCACGUUUCCCACAAGUUCGGUUUCACCAAGUUCCUCCGCGAGGACUACGCCAAGUUCCGCGCGCAGGGCCGCCUGAUCCCGAACGGCGUUGACGUCAAAUGGUUGUCCUCUCGUGGACCCCUCUCCCGAUUCAUCAACAAGGCCUAA